UGCCACCAUUGGUUGGUAGCUAAGCUGAGCCAAGAACAGACCUCCCAAGCAGCGUUACCACUCUCACCUACCAGCCACAGCCUCUUCCCACCGCCCCCCAAUUCCAGCGAGCAGCUCGGCCAGCCAAAGCCAACCCAUGGCGCACUCCCUCGCCGCCGUCUCCUCCUUCUCGCCGUCCGCCGUGCGCCGGCGGCUCUCCAGCCAGGUGAUUAAUGUAAUUUCGUGUCAGAGCUUGGUUUCCUUCAGCAGCCAGAGGAUGAGCUUUGUGUCGAUUCGUUCAGUUCCAAGUCCGCUUCGGUUUAAGAUUUGCUGCUCGGCUAAGCAAGAGACGCAGGCCAAGAAAGAGACAGUCGACAAGGUUUGUGCGAUAGUCAAGAAGCAGCUGGCAGUCCCUGAUGGCACUGCUGUGACAGCAGACUCAAAAUUCUCUGAGCUCGGUGCUGACUCACUCGAUACGGUUGAGAUUGUGAUGGGCCUUGAGGAAGAAUUCAACAUCACCGUCGACGAAACAAGCGCGCAGGACAUUGCGACCGUGCAGGAUGCAGCGAACCUCAUCGAGAAGCUCGUGGCAGAGAAAACUGCGUAGGCACCUUGAUUCGAUGGCCCCUUUAGAAAGGAAAAGAUGCUUCCUGGAUCUGCGGACUUGUGAUUUUUCAAUGCAUCUGGGGCGAAAAAACAUUCUGUGUCCAAGAUUGCAUUCAGGCCAUGUUGUAUGUUCAUUUACCCAUUUGUUCUUUCUUCAUCCUCCCAUGAUUUUGUGUUGUUGUUUCUGUUGCUAAGAUUAAUUGUCCAGAGGCUUCAUGGAGCAAGUUAGGACCAUGUCUUGGACCUCGAAUUUAUAUGUGACGAGUACUAUAGAGAAAAUAAUGAACCUACAGUGAGUCGCUUCUGGGUUUUCAGAUUUC